ACAAAUCGCAAUUGUCAAAUUACUGAAAGUGUGAGGUUACAUAAACAAAAAUAAAGAUUUUAGAACUUUCCUAAGAUGAACCGGUUACUUUUCUCACUACCACAAUCCCUGUUGAAUCGAUCGUUGCCAACGCACGUAGUGAAACAUCUACAACCGUUCGUUAUAAAGCCAAUAAACUACAAACUUGGUUCACAACUCCUCCACACGUCGAAAAUCUUAAAAUAUUGUUCCAAGUCAAUUAAUUCAACCGGCGGUGCUUCGUCGAGUCCUCUGGACGGAUCAGCAAAAUUGGCCAAAGAUGUCAUCGUCUUCAAGUACGAAAAUCCCAACUUCUUCAAAUACCUGAACAUUUUUGCGAUUUGUCAGUACUUGUGCUGGAACUAUUUGUCGUACUUCUCGUUCACCAGCUUGAGAGAUGCACCCGUCGACAAUACUGGGGAAGAUGUGUCGUGGUGGCGUAAAAUCAAUUUGGGCGAAAAUAAAUACCGGAACACAUUGACCAUCGUUUGCUUCCUAAUCGGUUAUGGCAUCUUAGCGAUAUCCUGGCUGUACACACUACGUUCGGUUCGUUUUCUGAUACUACGCAAGGAUGGCACUACAUUGAGCCUAGUUACGUACGGCCCAUUCGGAAGAAAUCGCGUGAUGAAUGUCCCGUUGAGAUAUGUGUCCGCACAACAAUCCAGAAGCCAGUCGAAGGUUCAGCUGCCGUUGAAAGUUAAGGACCAAUUAUUCUACUAUGUGCUGGACAUGCGAGGAGAAUUUUUGAACCAGAGGCUGUAUGACUUUACGGUGGGCUUGAAGAGAAGGUUUUAAUGUUUGCAUACCGAAUUCGUCACAGUAAAUACAUGCGACAUACGAAUUGAUCGAGCACA